CUCCACCACUCGGCCCAUUCCGUCCAAAAACCCUAUCUGUUCCACAUCCACUUCAAUGGCCUACCUAUUUCUUCUUUCCCUCUGCCUCCAUUUUCCUCUGCCAAUUAAAUUUAUUUUCUUCAGAUUCAGACAUUUUUGUGUCGUUUAAGGCGAGGAAAAAAAAACUUUCCAGGGACAGGGGAAAGACGAGCAAAAUUCAAGGAUCGGCCAUGGCUUCUGUGAAUCUGAAUUCGUGGGUUCACCCUUGCUCUUCCUCUUUUAUCAGCCGAGCGAGAAGACGACCCAGAUCCAUACCCGGAUCCGGAUCUGGGUUCGGGUCUGGAUCCUCUCUCAAGAGCCUCUCCGUCGUCAUCGGGUUGAAGCGCAGCGUUUUGACCGUCGUCUCCUCCGUCGUCAUCAGAAAAGACAGCACUCUCCGGGAGGAAGAAGAUAACCGGAAAUUGGCCUUCGAUUUCAAGUCCUACAUGAUCGGUAAGGCCGAAUCGGUGAACAGGGCUCUCGACCUAGCUGUCCCUCUUCGCGAACCCACCAAGAUCCACGAGGCGAUGCGUUACUCUCUUCUCGCCGGCGGCAAGAGGGUGAGGCCGGCGCUCUGUCUCGCUGCGGCGGAGCUAGUCGGUGGCGAGGAGUCCGCCGCCAUGCCCGCCGCGUGCGCCGUCGAGAUGAUUCACACCAUGUCCCUCAUCCACGACGAUCUCCCCUGCAUGGAUAACGAUGACCUCCGCCGCGGCAAGCCCACCAACCACAAGGUCUUCGGCGAGGACGUCGCCGUUUUGGCUGGAGACGCGCUCUUAGCCUUCGCGUUCGAGCACAUGGCGGCGACGACGGAGGGGGUUUCGCCGGCGAGGAUGGUUCGGGCCGUUGGGGAGCUGGCGAGGUCGAUUGGGGCUGAAGGGCUAGUCGCGGGUCAAGUGGUGGACAUAAGCAGUGAAGGGUUGAAGCAAGACGACGUCGGAUUGGAGCUUCUGGAGUUCAUCCAUGUCCACAAGACAGCGGCUUUGCUCGAAGCCUCGGUGGUUCUCGGGGCGAUAAUGGGCGGAGGAUCGGACGAAGAGAUCGAGAAGCUGAGAAAGUUCGCCAGAUGCAUCGGGCUUCUGUUCCAGGUCGUGGACGACAUCCUCGACGUGACGAAAUCGUCGCUGGAACUGGGAAAAACCGCGGGAAAAGAUCUGAUCGCCGACAAGCUGACGUACCCGAAGCUGAUUGGUCUGGAGAAAUCGAAGGAAUUCGCUGAGAAAUUGAACAGAGAAGCUCAAGAACAGCUUCAAGGGUUCCAUUCCGACAAAGUGGCGCCUCUAGUGGCUCUGGCCAACUACAUUGCCAACAGACAGAACUGAUGUUCGAUUGAUGUGGUCGGCAUCAUGAUAAUAUAUAUAUAUAUAUAGGGGGGUUUCUCUGAGUUUUAUUCCCGAAUAAUCCAUCUGGGAUAUAUAUAUAUAUAGAUGUGCCCGAACAGUGUUGAGAGGCACAUCAAGUAUGAUGACAACAGGGGAAAAAAAGGAUGUAUUCGACUUCCUAAUGCAAUAAUUCUUGGACAGAAAUAACAGAGAGUAGAUUCCUGGAA